CUUCAAUAGUGACCCCCAGCUGCCUAGUUAGGUUGCAGUGAAUCCAUGUGGGUCCAAUGUUGACUUGCUCUCUGAGAAAGUUGAGGAGUUAACUCUGUCUACAGUUAGCGUUUCCUUUGAAACGCCACUUUCGAAAAUGUCUGCGCCUUUUUUCAUUAAGAAAAAGGAAACUCCCAAAUUCGCCAACAAGGUAAAAAAUGCAGCGGUGCUCAAACGAAAGAUCGAUGGGGACUCGUUUAUUAAAAGUAAGCUACGCGCCAAGAAAGCCAACUCCAGACGCAACGAAGAGAUUUCCAGCGACUCUGAAACGGAGAGUCCUGUCGUGUCCAGGAAAAGACAGCCCAAAGAACACAUUGAUUAUGACGAAACGCCACAGGAGAAGAAGCUCAGAUUGGCCAAACUCUACCUCGACCAGCUGAGAGAAGAAGAGGACGAUAAGGCAGAAGAUAACUCCUUUGAGACAGAUCUGAUUGCUGGAAGACUUCAAGAAGAAGUGCUUGAACAAAAAGGAAAGCUUCAGCGGCUUAUUGCCAAAGAUAUCAUGCCACCGGAGGCCUCAGAGAUCAGGGUGUUAAGAGGACACAAACUUCCAAUUACCUGUCUGGUCAUUAGCUCUGAUGACAAGUGCAUCUAUUCUGGUGCCAAAGACUGCUCAAUCAUUAAAUGGGAUGUUGCGAGUGGGAAGAAACUGCACACGAUACAUGGUGGAAGAAAAGGUACCGAGGAUCGGCAUGUUGGACACACAGCCCACAUCCUGUGUAUGGCCAUCUCAUCCGAUGGAAAAUACUUGGCCACUGGAGACGUGAACAAACUGAUCAUGAUCUGGGAGGCCGAAACAUGUAAACGUCUAUAUAAGUUCACAGGACACAAAGGCCCUAUAUCGGGUCUUUCAUUCAGGAGGGGAACUCAUGAGCUGUACAGCGCCUCCCAUGAUCGCUCGGUAAAAGUAUGGAAUGUGGACGAGAAUGCAUAUGUCGAAACUCUCUUUGGCCAUCAGGACGCUAUAACGGGACUGGACAGCCUGAGCCGCGAGCUCUGUGUGACGGCAGGAGGAAGGGACCGCUCGGUGAGGGUGUGGAAGAUAGCCGAGGAAUCUCAGCUGGUGUUCCACGGCCACGACGGUUCAAUUGAUUGCAUCCAGCUCAUAAACGAGGAGCACAUGGUAACGGGAGCUGAUGACGGCUCUGUGUCUCUGUGGAGCGUCAAUAAGAAGCGGCCUCUCAGUACGGUGAAAAAGGCUCAUGGUUGCCGUGGGGAUGCUGGGCUGGAGCAGCCUCAUUGGAUUGCUUCAGUAGCCGCGCUUCAGAACUCGGAUACCGUCGCCUCAGGUUCACACGACUCUCAGGUGAAGCUGUGGAAAUGUGGCCAGAAUUACCGCGGGCUGGAGCCUCUAUUCACUGUACCAGUGACUGGUUUUGUCAACAGUCUGAAGUUUUCGAGCUCUGGUCAGUUCUUGGUGGCAGGAGUUGGACAGGAACACAGGUUGGGAAGAUGGUGGAGACUAAAAGAGGCCAAGAAUGCGAUCUAUAUUAUCCCUCUGAAAAGGAAACUUCCAAAUCCAGAGGAAGCCAGGAUACAUGGAUAGUCUUUAUUUUGUAAAUUAAAGGUUCAUAAACAGCCUGUGUAUCAUGAUUUUCUUUUUCUUUUUUUGGAACAAUAAAAAAAAAAAGUAAACUCGA